AUGACGUGUCUGGCACAAGAUAUGAUUUCUUCGCAGAAGCCGUGGAUCGUGUUCAGAGGGGCAACAUUUCGCACCUCGGCCGAGGCGCAAGAGGUGGCGCUCUGCUCGAUAAGGCGCCACGUGGUGGCACCCCUGAAGAGGGCGUGCGCCCUCAACUCGGUGCACGUGCACCUCUGUGUUCGCCCCCACGGGGCGAACCGUCUACUCGUGGAGAGCGCUGAUAAGUAUUUCGGGAUCGCGAGUGGCGACGUCAGCCUUCGGGAGCUGAGCAAGGCAGAGCAGCCCCUGCAGCAGGGUCAGUAUUGGGCCUGCCUGGCUGACGUGCCCAACGAUGCCGGGUUUGCGCUCAUUCUGCGGCCGGACUUGGUCUUUAAGAAGAGUUUGAGUUUUGAUCGUGUUGCGUCCCCCGACAUGUUCUAUUUCCAGUGGAACUUGUUCCAUCAUUGCGUGAAUCGGGAAAUCGCCGAUCAGAUUCAUCUAGUGGGGGGCAGCUUGAUCCUCGAGUUCAAAGAGAAGUGGAACAGCGAGCAGAUGGGGGCAGUCAAAGCGGGGCAGCCAUACUGGGAUACUUUCCACAUGAUGUUCACGUGGGGCGUCGAAGCCUUCGGACAGGAGCGCGUGGGAUGUCUAAUGGAAUAUCCCGCCACGAAUUGUUUCUAUCGGGGCAGAGGCGGUUUUCGGCGAUGGCACCAAUACGGCUUCUGCAAGCAGCGUGUGAACCCCGGGGUGCUUCACCACGGCAACGUCACGAACCCGCUGUUUACCUACGACCGCUUGAUCAGUACUGACGGCGAGGCGCUCGUGUUCCCGGCGGCGACGCUGCCGUCGGGCCGCAUGCUAGGAUGCGCCAAGAGGAGCAACCCCGACUCGGAGUCGGACUACCAGGUUCUCGGCGGCGUCCUGCGGCGUGUCGUGCCGCCCUGGCUGCCGAGCGCCGCGGCGACAGGCCUGAUGCAGCUGCUCGGCUAUCAGAAGGCGCACAUGCUGGACUACAACCCAGAAGAGUCGGCCUUGGGAGGGGGCAAGCCGGACGCGUCGGACCCCAGCCUGUUCGUGAAGGCGAGCGGCGUGUUGGUGCGCGACGAAGUCAAUUCGCCCAGCGGCUCCGGCCAGAAGGCGGUGCUGACAGAUGCGCUGGACGCCCUGGCCACGUACGACAGGUUCUGGGACGAGCUGCUGGACCUGCUGAGGAAACCGCUCAAGCUGGGGACCCUCAAAGACUCCGUGCUGGAGGUCGAGCCGCGGCCCCAGCUGCGGCCCGAGGCCACCCCCCGGGACGCCCGCGUCCGCGCCGAGGCCCCCCCGCGCCGUUGA